UUUCUUUAUACGGAACGGAGUAUGUAGUGUGUGUUUCUAUCCGGAUCCUUCAAGAGUUGCCCACGAUACGCUUAAAAAAUUGUUUAGCGGGCCAAAAAAAAUCUACGGAAAGGUCGUUCGUUAAACGACAUUUGCAGUUUAUUUCUGUAUUUUUUGGGAAGAUUGCAUCAAAGCAUCAUGGAGGUGGAGGACCCCAUAUCUGCCAAAUUUCAGACUAUUGUUGAGGCACUCAUGAUAAAGACAACAUCAGAGAUUGUGAAAGUUUUUACUGAUGUCAUGUUAGAGACGAGAAUGGAGAUCUUUCGUAGCUGGAGGGAAAUUGAUGACCUCAAGCAGGAGAUGGAACAGAGAGAAAUGCAGUCAGCAGUGCCCCUUUUCAGAAAUCAAAUGACACAAGUGAUGUUAAAAAUUGAAGAGGAUGAAGUGGAGUUGUCCCAGCAGAGCCAUGUGAUUCCUGAAAGUACAGAAUGCAGGUUUGAAAUUCAAAUGCUGGAAGAUGCUGCUGCUGAGGAAUUGGACACCAGGCAGGAGAGCAUUUCAGUUCCUGUAACUCCUGAAAUUACAGCACCUGAAACAUCUGUCACUAAACCCCAAGUGACUCAGUUACAAGGAAGAAAUAAAAUAUGUGGUCUGUCUCCUGCUAGUAUAGUCUCAGAACAUCAAACAUCUGGCACAGAGACGGAAAUGCUUGCGACCUCUGAGAUUCAAGCUCUUGCAGUUGUCAGCCCCCAGCCACCACCAACUAGCACAACCAGAACUGUGAGGAAAAGAUCAAUAAGAAAGAGGACAGUGGAAUCUAAAAAAAAAUACAUGUCAAAGAAAAUCGCUGCCACACAAAGCAGCAGUGUAACACACACGCUCCGUGACCGGCACCUCCUAGGCAACCAGAAACCUUGUGUGUGUUGCACUUCAGGCCAAUGCACACAGCAGCGAAAUGAGCCAAAAAAGAAUUCACUAGUGACCUCAUGUGGGUAUACCUGCAAAGAGUGUGGAACAGUGUUUCAGGAAAUAAUAGAAUUUGAGACCCACAAGUGCCCCAAGAAGCAUAGGUGCAGCAGGUGUGGACAGACAUUCACCUGUCUGAAGAAACUCGCUAUUCACAAUCAGCAUGUACCUCCUACAUUGGAGAACCCAUUCCCAUAUAAAUGCUACCUCUGUGAUCACAUGUUUGCUACUCGUUGUGGCUGGAACAUACACAAGCGAAUCCAUGCUCAUGGUCAUGUUCCUGGUGUUGUUCAACAGGACAUCCCUAGCCCAUCCCAUUCAUUUACAGUACCCAAAGAACUAAAGUCUAAGGUGGAGGUUCGCUUGAGAAUUUCAGAGGCUCAGUUGAAAGCUGCACUAUUUCCUAAAAGCUCCUUGCUGCUAGAUGAUCAAAAUAACAGGAGCUCUGUGGAGUCGUUUGAGAACUUGUCCUCAGCUGUGGAACCCGCAUCAUCUACAGGAAGCUCUAAUAAACAAUCUGCAGGCCCAACCAUUAAUGCACCCAUUUUAGAUAAAAAAUCAGCAUCUAAUAUCUAUAAAGAAUUUCUAAUGGAAUGCCAUGCUUCCAGUUCUGGGACUGAAUCAAGUGAAGGCGUGAGGCAGUCAGAUGACGGGCAGACAAUUCCGUUUUUCCAACUGCCUCUAGCAAAAUGCAGCCAGCAGAAAAGUGGACCCCGCCAAAGUCAUUGGAUUAAAUUCACUUUCACGCAAAAGAAAAUUUCAGAUUGCAAUCAUGACAUUUACAAUGGCGUGUUUCCUGUUGAGAAAAUUCUUAGAUGGAGAAAUACAAAGGGGCGAGAUGAAGUCAGGAUAAAGUGGAUGCCUUGUUCAUUAUGUGGAGCAAAAUGGAAAAACACAUGGGAGCCAGCUGAAAGCUUUAUCUCUUAGAUGGAUGGCAAAUUUGAAGAAAAUGGAGACAGGCAUUCUUAAACUAUGUGUGGUGAUAUUUAAUGUAAAAUAUACAAUUGGCAUAUGGCUUGGGACUUGGAUGUUGCUAGAGUUACUGAUUUUACAUUCUGUGCUUUUGCAGAAGUGGAUUCUAAAUAAACAGUGCUCUUCUUCUUCUGCUUCUUCUUCUUUCGGCUUUUCCCAUUAGGGGACCCCACAGCGGUUCAUCCAUCUCCAUACGCAUAUGCUGGAAAUCUUUCCAGUACUUUUUUAGGAAAGUCACUACAUAUGUUUUGUGUUUUAUUCAUUUCUGUAAACAGAUAAAUAAUACAUUGAGAACAUUUGGUCCAGCAUCCUAAUGUAUAUAAAGCAGCAAUUAUUUAAAAUAAAAUGCAUACAUAAGAUUAAAUUAGGUUAGGGAUUCUGGCAUACUAAAUCAGAUUGUAUGCAAAGCAAAUAGCAAAUUAGUCAGGUUUUAAGACAUUUUAAAUAGCUGCACAAAUUUCUGGAUCUGUUCUGUGUAUUCCAUAAUCUGUACUUUUCCACUAUAUGUAAAAACAUCUGGCAUUGAUUAACUGUAAGAAUACAGGCUGUAGAUUUAUUCGGUUGGCUGCACCACAAUGAAGUUGUUUUGGUAGUAAGAAUCUUUUGUUUUUCUUACAUCUAUAUUUGCUAAAAUGUGCAUUGUGCCUAAAGGCUUUUUGUGGGAAAAUCUCACAAUGUGAGCAAUAAAAUGAAAACACAAAAGACUUUAUUGGGUAAUGCAUAUUUAAGACCAGUUCUAAUUUCAGCUGUAAAGUUAGUGGUAUUAAACAUGAUUGUACAGUCAAUGGUGUUCACAUGAACUGCAUUUGAGAUUAGAGGAGAUGAUUUUUUGAUUAAUUUUGUGGUACUUGGGAAAGCAUUGUCUUACAUGUUUUUAAUGUGUACACUUCUUUGGGUGAACGGUUUAAAUAUUAUAUAUUUUAAGCUGUAACUGAUCAUCCUAAUUUAUUUAAAAAUCUUCUAUUAAUUGAGAGUAAUACAUGUUUGUGUUUUAAAAUGUUAAGCAGCAAGUGAUCAGUAUUUUUGAAAUUCAGCUGUUGAAUCAUCCUGUUUUCAAUCCUAAGUGUAUGUGAUCUGCUUAUUGAGCUAAAGGCAAGUGAAAAAUGGAGAACAUUUAAUUUUUUUCAAUACUGUGUUUGUUUAUGUGAAUUCCUUUGUCUUUAUUAUAUAACAUAACAGAACUUUGUUGAUGACUCGAAAUUGCUUCAAAGCUAAUUGAAACGUUGGAUUGACGGCUGCUCUCUGUUCUUCUCUAAUAUGUUCUUGUUCAUGAUCUCCAACUUUGUGAAUCUAAGCAAGCAUAACUUGUAGCAGAGAGUUUACUCCUCAUGUGAAAUACUUUUAUGUGAUGUAAAUUUUGCCCUGAGAUUUUGUAAACUAGUUGUGUCUUCGUAGCUAUAUACCUUCUUUGCUGCACAUGGUGUUUUAAAUGUUUACUGGCAAAAUGUUGACAAAUUGCUGUGUUUAUAGGGCACUGAUGUGGGAGGAUGAAUGACUAAAGUUCUAAAUUUUUAUUUCCUCCCUCCCAUUGAGGAACUAAUGAAGACUGGUUCCAAAUAAAUGUUCCAAAUCAA